AUGACCACCGUUGUGUCCAAGAGCCCCUCCACCGUGCCCCCGACCGCCGAAGAAAUUUCUUCCCUGCUGCAGACCGUCUUCACGGCCGACACCUCGCAGCAGUCUCUUGAUGGCUCCUAUGCCUUGGCCAACCUGCUGAUCCAGAGUGUCGGAUGGCGUGGUCUGCACGGCUACAAUGUCUUGCAGGAGGUGAAAAAGGCUGCUGCUGAUAAGAAGAAUGGCGCCCGGCGGGAGAGUGCCAUGCUCAUCCUGGGCGCCCUGUUCGAGCGUUUCCCGCGCGAGCAUCCGUUGAGUGACAUUGUCUUCCUUAUUCAGGACGGUGGUGUGCUCAACGUCGCCCUCGAUGCUCUGGCUGAUAAGGGUGCCGUCGUGCGGGAUGCCGCCCAGUACGCUGUUGACUCCCUGUUUGCCGGCCUCCAGCCCGAGGCCCUGGUCAACGCCCUGCUGCCUGCCGUCUCGCGAUACCUCAACAAGCCCUCGGGUAAAUGGCAGGGGUUUGUGGGUGCUUAUGCCCUGAUCGAGAAAAUGGCGCUCAAGGCCCAGAUGGGCAACGGCUCCAAGGAGGAGGAGGAGCUCAAGGAUGUGCUGCGUGAGGCCAUGGGCAAGACUCUCAAGGAGCUGAUCCCGAUCGUUGAGUCGGGCAUGCAUGAUCUCAAGAACGAGGUCGCCAAGCAGGCCUCCAAGACCAUGAACGCCCUGACCACCCUGCUCUCCAACGACGACGUCGCCCCCCGCAUCCCCCUGCUGAUGAAGACCAUGGAGCAGCCGUCGGAACAGACGCUGCAGAAGGCCAUCCACGCCCUCUCCCAGACCACCUUUGUCGCCAUCGUCACUUCGCCCGUGCUCGCCCUGCUGACCCCGCUCCUCGAGCGCUCUCUCAACGCCCCCUCCACCCCGCAGGAGGUCCUGCGCCAGACGGUCGUGGUCGUCGAGAACCUGACCAAGCUCGUCCAUGACCCCGCCGAGGCCCGGACCUUCUUGCCCAAGCUGAAGCCCGGUGUCAAGGCCGUCAAGGACCGCGCCUCGCUCCCCGAGGUCCGUGAACUGGCCACCCGCGCCCUGGACGUCAUUGAAAAGGCCAUGAGUGACGACAACGCCGCCGCCGGCUCCAUCGUCAAGACUACGGCUGAGGAAGUACGGGCCGUCCUUGAAUCCAAGAUCCAGGCCCAAGGCGCUGCUCUCGCUGUGCCCGCCGAAGCCGCCUUCUUCGACCUGGCCAAGGCCUACAUCGCUGACAUGGUCCGCGAGGAUGUCAACACUCGCAUGCUCCAUCGCAUUCCCGGCUGCACGGCCCCCUACCUUCGGGGUCUGUUGACCGAGGACCAGCACGACGCCGUGGCGGCUGCUCUGCAGGCGCACUAUGUCGAAGAGGACCACCGCAAGUACGGCGCCCCCGUGCAGGAAGACCCCAACGAGGUGGAGAUUGUCAACGCCGACUUCUCCCUCGCGUACGGUGGUAUGCUGCUGCUCUCUCACACCAAGCUCCGCCUGCUCAAGGGCCACCGGUACGGCCUCUGCGGCCGCAACGGUGCCGGCAAGUCCACCCUGAUGCGCAGUAUCGCCAACGGCAAGCUGGAGGGAUUUCCCCCGCAGGAUGUGGUCAAAACGUGCUUUGUGGAACACAACCAGGGCGAGGACGCGGAGCUGAGCAUCCUCGAGUACGUCUCCAAGGACCCCGAAGUUGCCGCGGCCGGGGCCGAGAACAUCAGCAAGGUCCUGCUCGAAUUCGGAUUCACCGAUGGGCCCGAGGGCCGCCAAUCGCAGGGCGUCGGCUCCCUGUCCGGUGGAUGGAAGAUGAAGCUGGCGCUCGCGCGAGCCAUGCUCAUGAAGGCCGACGUGCUGCUGCUUGACGAGCCGACCAACCACCUGGACGUGGCCAACGUGCGCUGGCUGCAGGAAUACCUGAAGAAGCACACCGACAUCACCAGCUUGAUUGUCAGUCACGACUCGGGCUUCCUGGACGAGGUGUGCACGGAUAUCUACCAUUAUGAGAACAAGAAGCUGGUCUGCUACAAGGGCAACCUGGCGGCGUUUGUCAAGGUCAAGCCGGAGGGCAAGAGCUACUACACGCUGACGGCCAGCAACGUGCAGUUCAAGUUCCCGGCGCCGGGCAUCCUGAGCGGCAUCAAGUCGCAGACGCGGUCCAUCCUGCGCAUGACCAACUGCUCGUACACGUACCCGGGGGCCAAGAAGCCCUCUCUGACGGACGCCUCGCUCUCGCUGACGCUCUCGUCGCGCGUGGCCAUCAUCGGCGGCAACGGAGCGGGCAAGUCGACGUUCAUCAAGAUGCUGACGGGCGAGACGAUCCCGCAGACGGGCAAGGUGGAGAAGCACCCGAACCUGCGGAUCGGAUACAUCAAGCAGCAUGCGCUGGAGCACGUGGAGAUGCACCUGGAGAAGACGCCCAGCCAGUAUCUGCAGUGGCGGUACGCCAACGGUGACGACCGCGAGGUGCACAUGAAACAGACGCGCGUGCUCACGGAGGAGGAUAAGGAGCAGAUGAACAAGCCCGUGGACCUGGGCGACGGGCGGGGCCCCCGGCGGAUCGAGGCGCUGAUGGGCCGGCAGAAGUGGAAGAAGACGUUCCAGUACGAGGUGAAAUGGGUGGGCCUGCUGCCGAAGCACAACACGCAGAUCUCGCGCGAGACCCUCCUGGAGCUGGGUUUCUUCAAGCUGAUCCAGGAGUUCGACGACCACGAGGCGUCGCGCGAGGGACUCGGGUUCCGCGUGCUGGACCCGAAAGUGAUCGCCAAGCACUUUGAGGAUGUCGGGCUGGACCCGGAGAUCGCGACGCACAACGAGAUCUCCGGCUUGUCGGGCGGGCAGAAGGUCAAGGUCGUGCUGGCGGGCGCCAUGUGGAACAACCCGCACCUGCUGGUGCUCGACGAGCCGACCAACUUCCUGGACCGCGACUCGCUGGGCGGCCUGGCGGUCGCCAUCCGCGACUUCAAGGGCGGCGUCGUCAUGAUCUCCCACAACGAGGAGUUUGUCGGUGCCCUGUGUCCCGAACAGCUGCACAUCGCCGACGGCCGCAUCAUCAGCCGCACCAACACCGCCGUCUCCCUCGACCGCUUCGAGGACAGCGCCGCAUCCUCCCCUCAACCGGGCGGGAGCACCGCCGCCACCUCGGCCGCCACCUCGGCCGCCCCUUCGGCCGUCAACUCGGGCGCCGAGGACACAGGCGAGCUCAAGUUCAGAGCCAAGAAGAAGAAGAAGCUCACCCGCGCCCAGAUCAAGGAGCGCGAAGUCCGUCGCCGUCUGCGUCAUAUCGAGUGGCUCAACUCCCCCAAGGGCACACCCAAGCCCGUCGACACCGACGACGAGGCGGACUAA